UUUAAAAAUCAAGGAUGGCUAAAAUAUUCAAGUAAAAAAUGGAAAAAUAGUACAAGGAUUUGUCAUAUCUUCCAAAAUGGACAUUUUUUAGUUUAUACAAUAAUAUAGGAAACCCUCACGGACACCCAGAACUGAAAAAAUUGAGGAACAUUUCACUCGUGGCAUAUAAAAUAUGCAAUAUAAAAGUAUAACUACCUUUUCACUUUGGUUGAAGAUAAGUAACCUUAUUAACUUGUUGUGAAUGAAAAAUUCUCCUACUCCUGAUAUGGUUCAAAUAUAAUACACUAGUAGUAGUACAUUGUAGCAAGUUCCAAAAUCCUCAUCUGCACCAAUUGAUGGACAGUUCAUCGCUAAGAUGGUUUUCGAGAACGGAAGAAGGUGCCUAUUGCUCGAAUAAAAACAAGUCCAUCGACGAUUUCACUACUCAACAAUCCACAAUCUCUGAGGAUCAAGAUACUACUAGAGAACUAUCUCUAUCUCCAGAUAGUAAUCGUGCUAAUUCUCCUCCUUAUUUUACCAAAAGUAAAGUCUCAAAGAACGAUUUUUCGAUCAUCACCCCUUCGGAAAGUUGCCCAAUUCAACCCAAAAUGAGUAACAACAACUCUUCAUCUUCACCUCGUUUUCUUUCUUUUAAUAAUACUAAUAAGACCAGCAGUCAUCAUGUCCAAGGGUGUAAAAUAGAAGCUGUGGAUGAGAUGUACUUGUGUGAUUCAUCAGAUGAGAAGUUUUUUCCAAAUCCGAAUUCUAAAAGUUGCUGUUACGAUCAAAAGGAUAACACAGCAGGGAGGAAAAGAAUUCCUUCAAUAGAUCAACAUCAUAUUAUUGCUGAGCGUAAGCGUAGAGAAAAACUCAGCCAGAGGUUUGUGGAACUUUCAGCCAUUCUUCCAGAUCUUAAAAAGGUGGACAAAGCUUCAAUUCUUGAGCAAGCAAUCAACCACGUGAAAGAGCUACAAGAAAAGGUGCAACUAUUGGAAGAACAGAAAAAGGCAACGCCCCAGCAGGAAUCAGUUAUGUUUGUGAGCAAAACUCAACUGAAAAUGGAAGAAGAUGAAUACUCUUCAUCCUCUGCUGGCGAUUUACCGGCAGACAUUGAAGUACGAUUCUCAGAUAAUAGAGUAUUGAUCAGAAUUACCUGUGCGAGGCACAACGCGUUCGUGCUGAAUAUCCUUACCGAAAUAGAGAAGCUUCGUCUUACCAUUAUUCAAAGCUGUAUGAUGCCUUUUGGAAAGCAUGCCACUGAUGUCACUGUUGUUGCUAAGAUGGAUGAAAGUUUCUGCAUGACACUAAAGGAUCUUGCGAAGCAUCUCCGAAUGAUCACUGGGAGGCUAAUGACCCAAGCUUAGCACUUUCUCUGAUAGAGGAAGUUGUUAAAUAUUAGUACUACUAGUAGCAUAUCUGAAGAAUUAAUUAGAUAAUAUUGGAGAAGCACGAGAGCUUGUUUUUUUCUUCACAUUUUAUUUGGUUAAAUUUUCUACAAUAUGUGGUUUGUAAGAUAAUGUUUAUUAUCGCAUUGGCUACAUAUAUAAAUCAUUUCCAAGGAGUGAAGUUAUUAAAGUAAGUUGUCCUACAUUAUGUAAAGGUAGUUAUGUGCUAAUGUUCACAUAACUGUAGUAGAACUAUAUAUCUAGUUAUGUGACAUACAGUAAAAUUACUUCA